UAAUUAUUGUAGUGGUUGUCUUGUGAGUUUUGAGUGAUGGCAGUAGAAGCAGUUUUGUCAAUUGCUGUGUCAGGGCUGCUGAAAGCUGUUAUGGAACAAAAGAGCAAAGCCUCUAUGUUCGAACAGAGCUUGAGGAACCUCCAAUACAUUCUGGAAGGAAUAGCUCCGGUGAUAAAAGAUAUAGAUUAUAGAACGUCUGAACAAGGAGUUGGGGUAUUCAAAGGAGGGGCUGGAAUCACUAAUAGACAUGAUAGAAAACGGCAAAGAUCUUGUUUGCAAUUGUUCAAAAGUCCACAGGCUGAACUGUUUGUCGAGGGCUCGUUACCAAGGUGAGCUAGCGGGUCUCUCAGACUCGGUUUCCAAGCUUACCAAAAUUCUCUUCAAGGCUUACAGUGUAAGGGAGCAGAUGAUGAUGCAUAAGCAUAAUAUGUUAAAUAGCGCGUUGCCACUUCAUGAGUCUUCUUAUUCUAAUCCUCAACCUUACAUGCUCGUUGCUCGGACUCUCUUCAUUGCUUGGGGAGACGAUCCUAGCUAUUGGACCUGGACUUCUCAUCCAGAUGACAGGGAUUCGGAGGUGGCAGAACUUGUUAGUGUGUGUUGGCUGGAAAUCAGGGGCUGGAUCAAAACUAGCAUGUUGCCCCGAAAUACCUAUUACGGGGCAUACUUUGUGUUCAAGCAAAAGAGUGAUGAAACCUACGGGUUCAAGAACCAGGCCAUUGAGGUGUCGGUUAAGGUUGGUGGAGAAGGUGAUGGUGAUGGUGAUGGUAAGAAGAAAACGGUGUACUUGGAAGGAGAAACACCGCCAAGGGCACGUCCCCAUGGGUUACUUAACCGUGUUCGUUCUCGUUUAGUGGAAAAUUAUGAUGCACCAAAACCAAAAAAGAAUAAUCCUUCUGGUCUUGCUGAAGUUGAGUAUCCAAAAGAGAGAAGCGAUGGGUGGAUGGAGGUUGAAUUGGGAGAGUUCUUCAGCGGCCAUGGAAAGGCCAAGGAGGUGGAUAUGGGUGUGUACGAGACUAAGGAUCUUCACUGGAAAAAAGGCAUUCUCGUUCAAGGAAUUGAAAUAAGGGCUAAACCCAAUUCCAAUAAUUAAAAUACCCAUGCCCCAAUUUGCAUAUGUACUUUUGCUUGCAUCUAGCAAUUAAAAUCAGCAUCACUAAAUCAUCUGUUAUCACUUACCAGAAUCAGAUGCCAUUGGUGAUCCACUUAAGUGUGUUGUAUAAAUAAUAUUUGGUGUGCAUGUGUUAAGAGAUUACUUUUGUUCUAGCUAGGUACCUGAAAAAAACCUUUCUUUGUUGGUAAACUUUCUGACCAGCAGCAUGUGUAUUGCAUUAGUAGUGUGUACCAAUAUAUUGUAAAUUAAGUGUUCCAGCAGUGUUUGGGAUGACACUAUUGCAGUCUUGGAUUAAGUUAUGUUUGGCUUGA